AUGAAACUGCUUGGUGCAGUACAUUCUACUGAAAAAGAACGUCAUAUUCAAAAAAUUCGGCUUGGAUUCAGGAAGUUCGUCCCAAAAAAAACCGGCACGCACUCGGAUGAACCGCAGGAUGCCAAAAAGGAUUCGGCGACUUCUGGAAAAAAGAUCCCAACUCUUUUUAAAAAGUUGACCACAGGGGAUACAGAAGAUGAGCUGGCAUUUCGUAAAAUGCGGAACCGCUGUAAAUCGGAAAUCCGCCAAUGGAUCAUACGAAAACAAGCCACCAUUCUGGACCUCGCUCGAAGAAACAAAAAUGUACUGUUCAAGUACAUGAGACAUCGCCGCAGAAACAAGCCAUCUGCGUUCUCCUUGAGGGACAGGAACGGAGAACCGACAAGUGACACAACAGUUGUGUCUGAGGUUUACAGGGAACACUAUGCGCUACCAUACUCAGCCCCAGCGUCCUCGUCACAUCCACUCUUGUCAAGGCGAAACUACGAACAACCUCUGACCGACUUGAUCUUCACAGUGGAGGACAUUCGUCAACUCUUGCACAAGAUCAACCCAUUCUGCGCGUUUGCACCCGACGAGGUCCGUCCAAGGAUCCUGAAAGAAACGUCCUCCACACUGACAAACCAUUUGCACAUGGUAUUUCGCCAGUUGCUUGACGAAGGCCGCCUUCCCUCUGCUUGGAAGGAAGCGAUUGUAACGCCAAUCUACAAAACUGGUGACCGCGAGUAUAACGCCAAGCUACAAAACUGGGGCCCGAUUAUCGCCUGGCAGCUAUAG